AUGGAUUUGAAGAGGGUAUUGGACGUGGUGGAGGAGGAGGUGGUGGUGGACGGCGACGAGGAGGACCUCGCCUCCCCGGACGCCAAGCGCCGCAGAACGCUUCUCCAUAGCUCGAUGCAGGAGGCCAUUGGCGCGCAGUAUAUGCAGAAACAUCUGCCCAAGCUCGAACCGUUUCUGCGCAGAGUUGUGCAAGAAGAGGUGCACAAUGUCCUUAUCCGACACAUUGAUUCGGCAAACAGGCUUCCCCUGCAACUGAAGACCAACAGUAAAAGAUACAAGCUGCAGUUCCAGGGCAACCUGCCUCAGACCCUUUUCACCGGCAACAGGGUGGAAGCAGAGAACAAGCAGCCACUUCGAAUCUUUCUCACCGACGCCGCCAGCAACCAGCCGAUCACCUCCGGCCCCUUGUCCUCCAUGAAGGUCGAGCUCCUUGUCCUCGACGGCGAUUUCAACGCCGACGAGCGCCUUGAGCACACCGAGAAGGAGUUCAGCGAAAGCAUAGUCUUCGAGAGGGAAGGCAAGAGGCCGCUGCUGUCCGGUGAGGUGAUCAUUGUGCUUGAGAAAGGUGUUGCGUCUGUCCGCGACAUCUCCUUCACGGAUAACUCCAGCUGGAUAAGGAGCAGGAAGUUCAGGCUCGGCGCUAGGAUGUCUCGGGCGAGCUCCAUCGAGGAGCGAGUGCAGGAGGCUGUGAGCAACCCUUUCCUGGUGAAAGAUCACCGUGGUGAAGUUUACAAGAAGCAUCACCCUCCUGCGUUAGCUGACGAUGUGUGGCGUCUGGAGAAGAUUGGGAAAGACGGUGUUUUUCACAAAAAGCUCGCUGACUAUGGAAUUCACACCGUUCAAGACUUCCUCAGGAACUUAGUCAUGGAUCAAUAUGGACUCCGCGGGUUACUCGGCAGUGGAAUGUCGAACAAAAUGUGGGAGUCGACCGUGGAGCAUGCCCGGGAAUGCGUCCUGGACGACAAGCUCUACUCCUACUGCAGCGGGCACGGAAUCAUUCUGCUGUUCAACUGCAUCCAUGAGAUCAUUGGGGUCGUAGUCGGGAGUCACUGCUUCUCCUUGAACGCUCUCAACGAAACGCAGAAGGCACUGGUGGUGAAGCUGCAGCAGGACGCUUACAAGUUCCCGAACCGCAUCGUGGAGUUCAAGGUGCAAUCCCAGUCUGCCGAGCAGUCGCCGACAGCGCAGGCCCCGCCGAUGCCAGGUCCAGCGAUCACACAGAUCCCCGGCCUUCCUCAAGGUGUUCAUUGCUUACCAUCCAUCAGGUGUUUGUUGCCAAACCCGCGGUAUCAUGGCCUGCUGAAACCACUGCCACUGAACGAGACCCUGGAGGAUGUUCUGCAGGCAACGACGGGCGCCAGCCACCACCAUCACCAACAUAGCGAGCCCUGGAUCACGAACAGCUUCGACGCCAGGGACCCAUUCGACAUGCUGCAGUUCAGUGGCUCGUCUCAGCCCUGCGGGAUGCUGCUCUCCAGCACCGGGGCUAGGUUGUGAUUGAUGGCAUCACGAGCUUUGACUGCUUCUGGCUGAUCUGAGCUCGGCUAACUGUCUGCUAACACUCACAGGUCGUUAUUUGU